UCCUCUUCCUCCGCUCUCUUCCUCCGCCCACCGACCUCGAUCCUCCCUCUUCUCCUCCAGGGAGCCAAGGAUGCCCUAGCUCCGCCACUUCACCGGAGACUUUUACUUACCUCCUCUGUUACUACUACUACUACUACUACUUAUUCUUCUAGUCUAGAUCAUUACAGGGGGAUGGGUCGGGAGGUGUCGGAGAGCUGCGUGGAGGGGCUGAUGAUGGAGGUGGUGUCGGCGUACAGCAGCCGGCUCUACCCCGCCAAGCCCGACCUCGCCGCCCGCCGCAUCGAGGCCAUCGGCUUCCAGGUCGGCCACCAGCUCUCCGAACGGUAUACAAUGGAGCGUCCUCGCUUUAGUGAUCAUCUCGAGGCGAUCAAGUUCAUCUGCAAGGACUUUUGGUCCGAGCUAUUUAAGAAGCAGAUAGACAACUUGAAGACAAAUCACAGAGGGACUUUUGUGCUACAAGAUAAUCGUUUCCGUUGGCUCACUCGCAUAUCAAUCGAUCCAUCGACAGAGAGCACAGAUGAAUCGACACCUGAUAACAAUGCAGCGCAGGCCACAAACAUGCAUCUUUAUUUCCCGUGCGGAAUCAUUAGAGGGGCCUUGACCAACUUGGGAAUUCCAUGCGCCGUGUCUCCUGACAUAUCGAAUCUUCCUGCUUGUUCUUUCGUGGUACGCAUAAAAGCCUAAUGCAUUCGUGGUACGCAUAAAAGCCUAAUGCAUGUUUCUAUGAAAGGGACUUAGGUGUUGAAGAUUCAUUUAUGUUGCUCGCGGUGCGUCGAGUAUCAAAAUGAGAUGCUUAUGUUGCUUCUUCUAAGUUGCAUUUUUCUCUAUUGUCUCUUUCACUUUUCUUUUUUUUUUCUUUGGUUUAGUAAUCUUACAUUGUAUUUUAUGUGGUGAACUUGUGUACUCUAAACAAAUUGUAAGUAGAGGAAUGCUACUUUAAUUGUUUUGUCUUCAAUUAUCUAUCA